AUGGCCGGCAGAGGCAGCACUCACCAGGACAGGGCGCUCAAGACGUCUCUACAGGCGGUUCACGCUUCAUCGGCGCCGCCUUCGUCUCAGCAUCGCGGCAAAGGGUCGCGGGACCCUCGGCACAUGGCGAUUGCGCUUCACCAUGCCCGUCAGAUCCAGAGCCGCAAGGAGUUGGAGCUCCAGAUCCUGUCACAUAUAGAAACGCUCAUGGAACUGCCCACUACACCCGGUGCUACAGCCGAGUCCCCCUCUGCGGAGGACGUGUCGACUUUCUUCUCUGCAAUAGCAUGCUUUCAGCCGUCAGACUACGAUAAUCUGAUACAGGAACGGAAUAUAGACGGUAGUUGUGGCUAUACCUUGUGUCCCAAGCCACGGCGAAAGGACAGCUCUAAAGGAGGAUACAGGAUAGUUUGGGGGUCAAAGGGCAGCGGCCCCGGUGGCCGUGGCAAAGACAUGAAAGUCGUGCAGAAAGAGAAGCUAGAGAUGUGGUGUUCCGAGGAGUGUGCAGAGCGAGCAAUGUAUAUCAAAGUGCAGCUCAGCGAGAAACCAGCUUCAGAACGGAUAGGGAGUGCAGGCAAGACCUUCAUGCUGCUGGAAGAAGCCAGACGAGGCGAGUCGUCAGGACCAAACACCGAACGGAUAGACAGCAGUACUAUGAGAGCAGUGGAGGAGAAUCUCCAGGGACUCACACUGCAGGGUAAUUACGCCGACCCAACAGCCUAUGGCCAAGAUCAUCUAUCUCGUGAACUGCAGGAUUUAUCGAUGCAAGAUGGAGGAGAUUCUUCAGCACACGCUCCUGGGCCGAGCAGCAGUGCUGGAGGCAGAGGUUUGCUGGCUCCAACCGUUGUUGAGAGAGAUACCGAUGAUUCGAGAUACCCUAAAGCUCCGGUCUUCCAGCCAGACAGCGCAAACGGAGGCUCGGUCGAGGGCUUCCAUCCACGACAUGACACACAGUUCAGAAACUGGCCGUCCAGCAACAAGGACGGAGACGGAGAUGAAGACAUGGAUGACUUUUUACCGCAGAUAUAA